AUGUGUCACUACAUUCGUGGUCAUACGGUCCAAAACGGCCCCAAGCCGAUUGAGUCUCGGCCAUUACAACUCUGCACAAGUGUGGAAAGGCUUCGCCACUCCCACUUGUGGAUUUUGUGCCGCGUGUGUCCAAAGAGACGGAUGUGGCCACAGCAAAGGACUCAUCAGGUCGAGCUCGGAGCGCGCUUACAUAUGCAAGUCACACCCAACCCAUCCCUCGACUGUCUCGACCAGGAGUUUUUCCUUUAUAUAUCUAACAGCGCCUUCGGCGAGGGUUUUGACUAUUUGACGCUGCAUGGCGCAUUAGGCGUGCAUACGUUGCUUGAGACAGGGAUUUUCCUACGCAGAAUCGACGAUGCCAUAGUCUUGCUGGCGUCGGACCCAGUGCCAGGUGCGGACGUCUUGGAUGAUCAUGACUUCGAAGGAAGACCUUCAGUAUUGAAGCCACUACCUUUGUCCUCACCUGGGAUUCAUGAACUCGAUAUGGACGCAAAAGGUCCAUCAUCGCCCUGCUCCAAUCCGCGCGUCCGCUGUCCACCGUCCAUUCCUCUCGAAUCGCUCGGAGUAGCGUCCGUCGACGCUGUUUGUUGGGAUGCGAAGUGA